CCGGCCUUUGGGCCGCUGACGCUCUCUUCCGGUCUCGGUGGCCCCCUGAAAGGACUGUGGGGUGCGCGCGAUGAGGCUUCUGGCUUCCGUGCUGUUGGCCCUGUUUGCUGUCAGUCAUGCGGAAGAAGGAGCCCGGCUUCUGGCCUCCAAGUCACUGCUGAACAGAUACGCCGUGGAGGGGCGAGACCUGACCUUGCAGUACAACAUCUACAAUGUUGGCUCAAGUGCUGCAUUAGACGUGGAGUUAUCCGAUGAUUCCUUUCCCCCAGAGGACUUUGGCAUUGUGUCUGGAAUGCUCAAUGUCAAAUGGGACCGGAUUGCCCCUGCUAGCAAUGUCUCCCACACCGUGGUCCUGCGCCCGCUCAAGGCUGGCUAUUUCAACUUUACUUCUGCUACUGUUACUUACCUGGCUCAGGAGGAUGGGCCUGUCGUGAUUGGCUUUACCAGCGCCCCUGGACAGGGAGGGAUCCUGGCCCAGCGGGAGUUUGAUAGGAGAUUCUCCCCGCAUUUUGCUUGUGCUUUGCUUGAGGAAGACAAAGGUGAACAAGACACACCCCCUUCCCAUAAAGAUCUUGGGCUUGUAGAGACCUCAGGACAGCUGGACUGGGCAGCCUUCGGAGUCAUGACCCUGCCCUCCAUCGGCAUCCCCCUGCUGCUGUGGUACUCCAGCAAGAGGAAAUAUGACACUCCAAAGUCCAAGAAGAACUGAGGGGCUUCCGAGGCCGCUGCCUAGGAGAUCCAGGUGCUUUCCAGACUCCGGAGGGCCUCUGGAGUGCGGUCUCUCAUCCCCAGCCCCUGCCACCUUCUCCAGGAUCCUGCCUGCUCUCAACCAGAGUCGGGGACCAGGCCUUGGUGUCUGUGAAAGCCUCCUUCCGUCCCAAAGCCAUAUGAGCAGGAACGAGCAGGAAUGCCUCCAGCAACAAGCCUCGGGCCCUCAUCUGUGUGUGCCUUGUGGUGCUGCAGUGUGAACUGAGGGGCCCAGGAGGGGGCACUAAGGAGACUGCCUGACUCUACCCCCAUCCCCUGCUCUCCCCUCUCGGAAGAGGGUGGAAGAUCAGAUGAAGGCCAAGUGACUCGGAGGCUACCCAAUCUCUGUUCUGGGUCAUGGGAGCUCUGACCAAAUGGGGUUUUCUAAUAAAAACAGAUGCCACACUGA